CUAGCCCAUCAUGGCUAUGUCCUCCAGCACUAUCCCAAAAAUGUCCUGAUGCCUGGUGAGAAACGCCCCACUCUCGUAAAGAGCAAGGGGAUACACGACCUCUCACUUCGUGAGCGCCGAGUCUUUGUGGAUGCCCUCAAGAACAACCUGCUCACCAUCAAAACCAUCACCAAACAAAGUGCCCUCGCGAAUCUCAUGGCCUCCCACAGCCCUGUCAUCAUCGGGGAAGCGCCUGCACCUCAUUCCAACCACACUCGUGGGCGGCGUUGGUAUGCUGAU